UCCUCCUCGAACAUAACAGAGAUAAAUAUGUGGAGGCCGGAGCUGCGCCACCUCAUCCGCCGCCUCCUCCCCUCCUGUUCUCCAUCCUCUCUUCAUCUCACUCCAGCUGUACGAUCACUCUGCUCCUCUCCUUCGUCCUCCUCCGACGAUCUCGCCCUCACUAUCUCUACUGAACUCACCAACUUCGCCUCUUCCACCAACCAGUCAUCCUCCCUUGACCUCCCACGCCACUUCUCCCUUCACUUCUCCGACGUUCGCUUCAACACCCCUUUCCUCCUCGAGAUCCUCAACAUCUCCCCCUCUGCGGGUCGCGCGGCCAUUGACUUCUUCCGUUGGCUCGUCCGCCACCGCGGCUUCACUGCCAAUGAUACCUCCCUUUCCCAUAUCAUCAACUACCUUGGCCGGCGCCAUGACUUCAAGGCCGUCCAUGACGUGCUUCUUGAAUUCCGCGUCGCCGCAGGCCGCGAAUCAUUCUCCGCAGCCCUCGAUCGCCUCAUCCGUGCCGGUCGCGCUUCGCAGGCCGUCCAUUUAUUUGACUGCAUUGAGCGCGACUAUGGUAUAAAGCCCGAUCUCGCGGCUCUUUCUUUCCUCGUUUCCUCUCUCUGCAGCCAUGGAUUCACCGGCCACGCUGAGCGUGCAGUCAAGCGUCUCGCUGACGUAAUCUUCCCUAGUGAGCAGAUCUGUUACACUCUGAUACGAGGAUACAGUGAUGAAUUGAAGCUUGAAGAUGCUAAAAGGCUGAUGGGAGAGAUUAUUCGUGGAGGUUUUGAUCUCGGUACGCCUGCAUAUAAUUCCAUCAUUGAUUGCGUUUGUCGGCUCUGCCGGAAGAAGGAUCCGCUCCGGCUAUUACCGGAGGCGCAGAAGCUUCUUCUUGAGAUGGAAUCAACUGGGAUUCCUCGAGAUCAGGAAACUUUUCACGUGCUUAUUUAUAAUUUGUGUAAGAUAAGGAAGACUGGGGAUGCAAUGAAGCUAUUCCAGGAAAUGAGUCAAUGGGGAUGCUCUCCUGGAGCUGAGACCUACCUUGCUCUGAUCCGAAGCUUGUACCAGGCGGCUAGGUUGUCAGAAGCUGAAGAAAUGAUUGGUUUUAUGAGGUCUGCUGGUUUUGGGAAUUCACUUGAUAGGAAAGCUUAUUAUGGAUUCAUCAAGAUUUUGUGUGGGAUUGAGAGGGUGGAGCAUGCAAUGAAGGUUUUUAGAAGAAUGAAGAGCUAUGGCCAUUUGCCAGGGAUCAAGACGUAUGAAUUACUGAUAGGGAAGUUGGCAAGUCAUAAUGAGGUUAACUGGGCGAAUGGACUGUUUAAGGAAGCUGUAGGCAGGGGUGUGCCUGUUGUUUCCAAGGUGUACAAGGUAGAUCCAAGGUAUGCAAAAGCUAAAAAGGAGAAGAAGGAAAAGAAAAGGGAAACCUUUCCGGAGAAGAUGGCAAGGAAGAGGAAACGGCUGAAGAAGCUGAGGCUGAGCUUUGUUAAGAAACCAAAAUCAACAAGGAGAUUUGUUUGACCUUGUUUACAAGUGGAUUGUAUUGUUGGUAUGCCCUCGUUUCAUUUAUGCUAUUUAUUUUCUUUUCUUCUUUGAUACAUAUAAGAGCUGAGAUGAAUGGAUAAAGGAUGUUCUGGUUUUCCUUCCAUUGGCACAAUUAAUUGAUCCACAAGAGCACCUUUUUUU